AGGAAGAAACUGCAAUGAAAACUUUCCUACAAUGAAAUCAACUGAAGAUGUACAAUGGAAUCUUAUCAAAUAAUAAAGUAACAGGAACAGUGAUGAAGAAAAAUAUGGAGGAAAAUCAACUGCGCCUAAAAAAGGAGUUAAAGAGUUGUAAUUAAAAUGAAAUUUGGAUUUUUUUACAUACUCAGAUGCGCAGAAGUGUGUAAAAAUGGACAAAAUAAGACCAAAGUGAAUCGAGUUAGAUAAAGAUCGCCCCUUAUGGAUCAAGUAAACGUGUCCCGCAACGAGUCAGACAAUGCGACGGCCAGCGGGGGCGGGGGCGACGGGGUUGGCGAUGAGUGGCCGCAGGUGGUCAUGUUCAAGCUGCGCACGGCGGUGCUGCUGCUCAUCGUCAUUGCGGCCGUCCUCGGCAAUUUGCUCGUCAUCGUUAGCGUCAUGAGGCAGAGGAAACUCCGCGUCAUCACCAACUACUUCGUGGUGUCCCUCGCGUUCGCCGACAUCCUAGUCGCCAUGGUCGUGAUGCCCUUCAACUUCAGCGUGCAAUUCUACAACGAAUGGAUAUUUGGACCCGUUAUCUGCGAUCUCUGGAACUCCUCAGAUGUCUAUUUCACCUCAACCUCCAUAUUGCACUUAUGUUGCAUAUCAGUUGACAGAUAUUACGCUAUUGUGAAACCAUUAAAAUAUCCUAUUAAAAUGACAAAAAAGAUGGCAUUUGUCAUGUUAGCAGCAACCUGGUUAAGUCCAAUAACGAUAUCGUAUGCACCAAUUUUUAUGGGCUGGUACACAACGAAAGAACACAUCCUGACACGAGAGCUCAACGAAUGCGAUUUCAAAGUCAAUAAACCGUAUGCGGUGAUAUCCAGUUCUAUUUCGUUUUGGAUCCCCUGCACGAUCAUGAUAUUCACAUACCUGGCUAUAUUUAAAGAAGCUAACAGACAAGAGAAAGCUUUACAUGCUAGAGCUGGCAACGCAAUGCUGAUGCAUAGACAUUCCCGAGAAGUUGGAGAUAAGAAUGGUGCUCUACAUAUUAACGCCAAUACUCCCACCAAAGAUAGGAAUAUAUUAAAAAUGAAGAGAGAACACAAAGCGGCUAGAACAUUGGGCAUCAUUAUGGGCGCCUUCAUUCUCUGUUGGUUGCCGUUCUUUCUUUUCUAUGUCUCGACGUCUCUAUGUGACACUUGUGAAUAUCCCGAAGUGGUGACUGUGAUCAUGUUUUGGACUGGUUAUUUCAAUUCUGCGUUAAAUCCGAUCAUCUACGCGUACUUCAAUAGAGACUUUCGUAACGCUUUCAAGAAUACAUUGGCUUGUGCGUUCUGUAGUUUUUGUAAACGAAGUGCAUCGGAUUUGGAUGCGAUGGAGAGACUGGAGAGGCGAGGUUCCGCGCAGCUGAGAGUUCCUAUCCCUUCAAGACGAACGUCAGAUUUGGCAUCACUUUGAGUGUCACCUAAUCGCGACUUGGUGUCGAUUGUUUGACAGGCCUAGUUGUUUCUCAACGAAUAUCUGUUACGUUUUAUAAAUUAUUCCCAAAGAUCUGACUGAGUUAGAUAUGUUCUACAAAUUACUUCUAAUUUCUUUUGUUUAGUAAAUCUAAA